AGCAACCUGCAAACAACCAAGGCCAGUCCACCCUCCAGCCUUUGCCACCUUCCCAUAAGCAGCACUCCGCACAGCAUCAUCCAUCCAUCACUUCUCUCAAUAGGAAUUCCCUGACCAAUAGAAGGAACCAGAGUCCGGCCCCGCCGGCUGCUUUGCCCGCCGAGCUGCAAACCACACCCGAGUCCGUCCAGCUGCAGGACAGCUGGGUCCUUGGCAGUAAUGUACCACUGGAAAGCAGGCAUUUCCUAUUCAAAACGGGAACAGGGACCACGCCACUGUUCAGCACUGCCACCCCAGGAUACACGAUGGCCUCUGGCUCUGUUUACUCGCCACCUACUCGGCCACUACCUAGAAACACCCUAUCAAGAAGUGCUUUUAAAUUCAAGAAGUCUUCAAAGUACUGUAGCUGGAAAUGUACCGCUCUGUGCGCUGUAGGGGUCUCAGUGCUCCUGGCAAUACUGCUGUCGUAUUUUAUAGCAAUGCAUCUCUUUGGUCUCAACUGGCAGUUACAGCAGACCGAAAAUGACACGUUUGAGAAUGGAAAAGUGAAUUCUGAUACCAUGCCAACCAACACCGUAUCGUUACCUUCUGGCGACAAUGGAAAAUUAGGUGGAUUUACACAGGAAAAUAAUACCAUAGAUUCUGGAGAACUUGAUAUUGGCCGAAGAGCAAUUCAAGAGGUUCCUCCUGGUAUCUUCUGGAGAUCACAACUUUUUAUAGAUCAGCCACAGUUUCUUAAAUUCAACAUCUCUCUUCAGAAAGAUGCUCUGAUUGGAGUAUAUGGCCGAAAAGGCUUACCACCCUCCCACACUCAGUAUGACUUUGUGGAGCUCCUAGAUGGCAGCAGGUUGAUCGCAAGAGAGCAGCGGAAUCUGCUGGAGUCCGAAAGGGCGGGGCGGCAGGCAAGGUCCGUCAGCCUCCACGAGGCCGGCUUUAUCCAGUACUUGGACUCUGGAAUCUGGCAUCUGGCUUUUUAUAACGAUGGGAAAAAUGCAGAGCAGGUGUCCUUCAACACCAUUGUGAUAGAGUCUGUGGUGGAGUGCCCCAGAAAUUGCCAUGGAAAUGGAGAGUGCGUUUCUGGAACCUGCCAUUGUUUUCCGGGAUUUCUGGGUCCGGAUUGUUCAAGAGCAGCCUGUCCGGUGCUGUGUAGCGGCAACGGCCAGUACUCCAAGGGCCGCUGCCUCUGUUUCAGCGGCUGGAAGGGCACAGAGUGCGAUGUACCCACGACGCAGUGUAUCGACCCGCAGUGCGGGGGUCGUGGGAUUUGUAUCAUGGGCUCUUGCGCUUGCAACUCCGGAUACAAAGGAGAAAACUGCGAAGAAGCUGACUGUCUAGACCCUGGAUGUUCUAAUCACGGUGUGUGUAUCCAUGGGGAAUGUCACUGCAAUCCUGGAUGGGGUGGUAACAACUGUGAAAUACUCAAGACCAUGUGUCCUGACCAGUGCUCUGGCCAUGGGACGUAUCUUCAGGAAAGCGGCUCCUGUACCUGUGACCCUAAUUGGACUGGCCCAGACUGCUCCAACGAAAUCUGCUCCGUGGACUGUGGCUCACACGGUGUUUGCAUGGGGGGGUCCUGUCGCUGUGAAGAAGGCUGGACGGGCCCAGCGUGCAAUCAGAGAGCCUGCCACCCGCGCUGUGCCGAGCACGGGACCUGCAAGGAUGGCAAGUGUGAAUGCAGCCAGGGCUGGAACGGAGAACACUGCACCAUCGAGGGGUGUCCCGGUCUGUGCAACAGCAAUGGAAGGUGCACGCUGGACCAAAACGGCUGGCACUGUGUCUGCCAGCCAGGGUGGCGAGGAGCAGGAUGCGACGUAGCCAUGGAGACCCUCUGCACUGACAGCAAGGACAAUGAGGGAGAUGGACUCAUUGACUGCAUGGAUCCUGACUGCUGUUUACAGAGUUCCUGCCAAAAUCAGCCUUACUGUCGUGGACUGCCCGACCCCCAGGAUAUCAUUAGCCAGAGCUUACAGUCACCGUCUCAGCAAGCUGCCAAAUCCUUCUACGACCGCAUCAGUUUUCUCAUAGGAUCUGAUAGCACCCAUGUCCUACCUGGAGAAAGUCCUUUCAAUAAGAGCCUCGCGUCCGUCAUCAGAGGCCAAGUGCUGACUGCUGAUGGAACUCCACUUAUUGGAGUGAAUGUCUCAUUUUUCCAUUACCCAGAGUACGGAUAUACUAUUACCCGCCAGGAUGGAAUGUUUGACCUGGUGGCAAAUGGUGGGGCUUCUCUGACGCUGGUGUUUGAACGAUCCCCGUUCCUCACUCAGUAUCACACUGUGUGGAUCCCAUGGAAUGUCUUUUAUGUGAUGGAUACCCUCGUCAUGAAGAAAGAAGAAAAUGACAUUCCCAGCUGUGACCUGAGUGGCUUUGUGAGGCCCAAUCCUAUCAUCGUGUCCUCACCUUUAUCCACCUUUUUUAGAUCAUCUCCUGAAGACAGUCCCAUUAUUCCCGAGACACAGGUCCUCCACGAAGAAACCACAAUUCCAGGAACAGACUUAAAACUUUCCUACCUAAGUUCCAGAGCUGCCGGGUAUAAGUCAGUACUUAAGAUCACAAUGACCCAGUCCGUUAUCCCAUUUAAUUUAAUGAAGGUGCAUCUGAUGGUGGCUGUCGUAGGAAGACUCUUUCAAAAGUGGUUUCCUGCAUCACCGAACUUGGCCUAUACUUUUAUAUGGGAUAAAACAGAUGCAUAUAAUCAAAAGGUCUAUGGUCUGUCUGAAGCUGUUGUGUCAGUAGGAUAUGAAUAUGAGUCGUGUUUGGACCUGACUCUAUGGGAGAAGAGGACUGCCAUUUUGCAAGGCUACGAAUUGGAUGCUUCCAACAUGGGCGGUUGGACAUUAAAUAAACAUCAUGUGUUGGAUGUUCAGAAUGGUAUCCUGUACAAGGGCAACGGGGAGAAUCAGUUUAUCUCCCAGCAGCCCCCCGUGGUCAGCAGCAUCAUGGGCAAUGGGAGAAGGCGCAGCAUCUCAUGCCCGAGUUGCAACGGUCAAGCCGAUGGUAAUAAACUCUUGGCCCCGGUGGCGUUAGCGUGUGGGAUCGACGGCAGUCUGUAUGUGGGGGAUUUCAACUAUGUUCGGCGGAUAUUCCCUUCUGGAAAUGUAACAAGCGUUUUAGAGCUAAGCAGCAACCCAGCUCACAGGUACUACCUCGCAACCGACCCAGUCACAGGAGACUUGUAUGUUUCUGACACUAACACCCGCAGGAUUUACCGCCCGAAGUCACUCACGGGUGCCAAAGACUUGACUAAGAAUGCCGAGGUGGUGGCAGGAACAGGGGAGCAGUGCCUUCCUUUCGAUGAAGCCAGAUGUGGGGAUGGCGGGAAGGCUGUGGAAGCAACACUCAUGAGUCCCAAAGGAAUGGCAGUUGAUAAAAAUGGAUUAAUCUACUUUGUUGAUGGAACAAUGAUCAGAAAAGUUGAUCAGAAUGGAAUCAUAUCAACUCUCCUGGGCUCUAACGAUCUGACUUCAGCCAGACCUUUAACCUGUGAUACUAGCAUGCACAUCAGCCAGGUACGUCUGGAAUGGCCCACUGACCUAGCCAUUAACCCAAUGGACAACUCCAUUUAUGUCCUGGAUAAUAAUGUAGUUUUACAGAUCACUGAGAACCGGCAAGUGCGCAUUGCCGCUGGGCGGCCCAUGCAUUGCCAGGUGCCAGGGGUGGAAUAUUCCGUGGGCAAGCACGCGGUGCAGACGACCCUGGAGUCCGCCACUGCCAUUGCUGUGUCCUACAGUGGGGUCCUGUACAUCACGGAAACCGACGAGAAGAAAAUUAACCGGAUUCGGCAAGUCACCACCGACGGGGAGAUUUCCCUGGUCGCCGGGAUACCAUCAGAGUGCGACUGCAAAAACGAUGCCAACUGUGACUGCUACCAGAGCGGGGAUGGCUAUGCCAAAGAUGCCAAACUGAGCGCUCCAUCCUCCCUCGCCGCCUCCCCAGAUGGUACCCUGUACAUCGCAGACCUGGGGAAUAUCCGGAUCCGGGCGGUGUCAAAGAACAAGCCUUUGCUUAACUCUAUGAACUUCUACGAAGUUGCUUCUCCAACUGAUCAAGAACUCUACAUCUUUGACAUCAAUGGCACUCACCAGUAUACUGUCAGUUUAGUCACUGGUGAUUACCUGUUCAACUUUAGCUACAGCAACGACAACGAUAUUACCGCUGUGACUGACAGUAACGGCAACACCCUUAGGAUUAGACGGGACCCGAAUCGCAUGCCAGUCCGAGUGGUGUCUCCAGAUAACCAGGUGAUAUGGUUGACCAUAGGGACAAAUGGAUGUUUGAAAAGCAUGACCACUCAAGGACUAGAACUAGUUUUGUUUACUUACCAUGGCAACAGUGGCCUUUUAGCCACUAAAAGUGAUGAAACUGGAUGGACAACAUUUUUUGACUACGACAGCGAAGGUCGUCUGACCAAUGUGACAUUUCCAACCGGCGUGGUCACCAACCUCCAUGGAGACAUGGACAAGGCGAUCACAGUGGACAUCGAGUCAUCCAGCCGAGAAGAAGAUGUCAGCAUCACUUCAAAUCUGUCCUCCAUUGACUCGUUCUACACCAUGGUUCAAGAUCAGUUAAGAAACAGCUACCAGAUCGGCUACGACGGCUCCCUUCGCAUCAUCUACGCCAGCGGUCUGGACUCACACUACCAGACCGAGCCCCACGUUCUGGCCGGCACCGCUAACCCAACAGUUGCCAAAAGAAACAUGACUCUGCCUGGCGAAAAUGGUCAGAAUUUGGUGGAAUGGAGAUUCCGGAAAGAGCAGGCUCAAGGCAAAGUCAAUGUCUUUGGUCGAAAGCUCAGGGUUAAUGGCAGAAACCUCCUUUCAGUUGACUUUGAUCGAACAACAAAGACAGAGAAGAUCUAUGAUGACCACCGUAAAUUUCUCCUGAGGAUCGCCUAUGACACGUCCGGGCAUCCGACUCUCUGGCUGCCGAGUAGCAAGCUGAUGGCCGUCAAUGUCACCUAUUCGUCCACGGGUCAAAUUGCCAGCAUCCAGCGAGGAACCACCAGCGAGAAAGUCGAUUAUGAUGGACAGGGGAGGAUUGUGUCCCGGGUUUUUGCUGACGGUAAAACCUGGAGUUACACAUACUUGGAAAAGUCCAUGGUGCUUCUGCUCCACAGCCAGCGGCAGUAUAUCUUUGAAUACGAUAUGUGGGACCAGCUCUCUGCCAUCACCAUGCCCAGCGUGGCUCGCCACACCAUGCAGACCAUCCGCUCCAUCGGCUAUUACCGCAACAUAUACAACCCGCCGGAGAGCAACGCCUCGGUCAUCACCGACUACAACGAGGAGGGGCUGCUUCUGCAGACGGCUUUCCUGGGGACCAGCAGGAGGGUCUUAUUCAAGUAUCGAAGGCAGACCAGGCUCUCGGAGAUCUUAUACGACAGCACGCGGGUCAGUUUCACCUACGAUGAGACAGCGGGAGUCCUCAAGACCGUAAACCUCCAGAGCGAUGGUUUCAUUUGCACCAUUAGAUACAGGCAGAUCGGCCCUCUGAUUGACAGGCAGAUCUUCCGCUUCAGCGAAGAUGGGAUGGUGAACGCGAGAUUCGACUACAGCUACGACAACAGUUUUCGGGUGACCAGCAUGCAGGGCGUCAUCAAUGAGACCCCCCUGCCCAUCGACCUCUAUCAGUUCGACGACAUUUCGGGCAAAGUGGAGCAGUUUGGAAAAUUUGGCGUCAUCUAUUACGAUAUUAACCAGAUCAUCUCCACGGCUGUCAUGACUUACACGAAGCACUUUGAUGCCCAUGGCCGCAUCAAGGAGAUUCAGUAUGAGAUAUUCAGGUCGCUCAUGUACUGGAUUACAAUUCAGUAUGACAACAUGGGUCGGGUAACCAAGAGAGAGAUUAAAAUAGGGCCCUUCGCCAACACCACCAAGUACGCUUACGAGUAUGACGUCGAUGGACAGCUCCAGACGGUCUACCUGAAUGAGAAAAUCAUGUGGCGUUACAACUACGACCUGAAUGGCAACCUCCAUUUACUGAACCCAAGUAGCAGCGCGCGGCUGACCCCGCUCCGCUACGACCUGCGAGACAGGAUCACCCGGCUGGGUGACGUUCAGUACCGGUUGGAUGAGGAUGGCUUCCUGCGCCAGAGAGGCACCGAGAUCUUCGAGUACAGCUCCAAGGGGCUUCUGACCCGAGUCUACAGUAAAGGCAGCGGCUGGACGGUGAUCUAUCGUUAUGAUGGCCUGGGGAGGCGCGUGUCCAGCAAGACCAGUCUGGGACAGCACCUGCAGUUUUUCUACGCGGACCUCACUUACCCCACCAGAAUUACUCACGUCUACAACCACUCGAGUUCAGAGAUCACCUCCCUCUAUUACGAUCUCCAAGGACAUCUCUUUGCCAUGGAAAUCAGCAGCGGGGAUGAAUUCUACAUCGCAUCGGACAACACAGGGACGCCGCUGGCUGUUUUCAGUAGCAACGGGCUUAUGCUCAAACAGAUUCAGUACACUGCCUAUGGUGAGAUCUAUUUUGACUCCAAUAUUGACUUCCAGCUGGUAAUUGGAUUUCACGGUGGCUUAUAUGACCCACUCACAAAAUUAAUCCAUUUUGGAGAAAGGGAUUAUGACAUUUUGGCAGGACGGUGGACAACGCCUGACAUAGAAAUCUGGAAAAGAAUUGGGAAGGACCCAGCUCCCUUUAACCUGUAUAUGUUUAGGAAUAACAACCCAGCAAGCAAAAUCCAUGAUGUGAAAGACUACAUAACAGAUGUUAACAGUUGGCUGGUGACCUUUGGAUUCCAUCUGCACAAUGCUAUUCCUGGAUUCCCUGUCCCCAAAUUUGAUUUAACGGAGCCUUCUUACGAACUCGUGAAGAGUCAGCAGUGGGAUGAUAUCCCGCCCAUUUUUGGAGUCCAGCAGCAAGUGGCGAGGCAGGCCAAGGCCUUCCUGUCCCUGGGGAGGAUGGCCGAGGUGCAGGUGAGCAGGCGCAAAGGCAGCGGCGCGCCAUCGUGGCUGUGGUUCGCCACGGUGAAGUCGCUGAUCGGCAAGGGCGUCAUGCUGGCCGUGAGCCAGGGCCGCGUGCAGACCAACGUGCUGAACAUCGCCAACGAGGACUGCAUCAAGGUGGCGGCCGUGCUCAACAACGCCUUCUACCUGGAGAACCUGCACUUCACCAUUGAGGGCAAGGACACGCACUACUUCAUCAAGACCAGCACGCCGGAGAGCGACCUGGGUACCCUGCGGCUGACCAGCGGCCGCAAGGCGCUAGAGAACGGCAUCAACGUGACCGUGUCGCAGUCCACCACCGUGGUCAACGGCAGGACUCGCAGGUUCGCCGACGUGGAGAUGCAGUUCGGCGCGCUGGCCCUGCACGUGCGCUACGGCAUGACCCUGGACGAGGAGAAGGCGCGCAUCCUGGAGCAGGCGCGGCAGCGCGCGCUCGCCCGGGCCUGGGCGCGCGAGCAGCAGCGCGUGCGUGACGGCGAGGAGGGCGCGCGCCUCUGGACGGAAGGCGAGAAGCGGCAGCUGCUGAGCGCCGGCAAGGUGCAGGGCUACGACGGGUACUACGUACUCUCGGUGGAACAGUACCCCGAGCUGGCCGACAGCGCCAACAACAUCCAGUUCCUCCGCCAGAGUGAGAUCGGGAAGAGGUAACCCCCGGGCCGGCGGCAGGGAGGCGCGCGCCGCCGCCACCACCCCUGCGGGGACCCGAGCCGGCGGGGCGCCACUUGCCCCUCCAGCCCCAGCACCCCCACUACUCCCCCACCUCUGCUCAGAUCUGUCUGUAGCACAAUCCGAGGGGGACUCUCCGGCACCGAAGAGCCUUCCGGGAGAACUAGACUGCUAUUUUAAAAAAUCCACACACACAAAAAUCAAAUGAAAACAAAAGACUUCCUUCUGAAUGACCUUAAAAGGUGAUCGGCUUUAAAGAAUAUGUUUACAUAUGCAUAUCGCUGCACUCAGUUGGACUGAAAGUAUUCCUAGAAAAAACAGAUCAUUAAAGAAGAGAGGCCCAAACCUUUUGCUUCUGGGCCGUCUUGUUCUCUGAGGCACUGUAUCUAACGAAGGUAGAAAUGCAUACAGUGUUUCCAGGUAUUACCGUUGUCGACCUUUGCUUACAAGAAGUAGUCUCUCUGCAUAGGAUGUGAUAUGUAUCUGUUAAUUUUAAAAUGUGGGGCAAAGUUACUGUUUCUAGACAACCCGACUGCUUCCCCAGUGCUGGUUUGUAAAAGGACAUUGGCACACGUGACUUCUGCUGCCAGGGCGGGGAUUUCUAAGGAAUUUCACAAUGCUCAUGUGGUUUGCCUUGGGGGGAAGAAAACUGGCAAAUAGAAUCCUUGUCACUGAUAAGCAAAGGAAACCCUGAUUUUUUUGUAAAUUAUGUGAGACAAGUUGUUUAUGGAUUUUUAUAUGAAUUACAAUUUACUGUACAUCAGAUAUUAGUCUCAGAGGAGUUAAUUUAUGUAAAGUGUUUAAAAAGUUUAUACUUAAAAAAUAAAAUGAUAAAAACAUGUGAACUGUGUGAUUUUUUUAAAAGGAUUGCACCUUUUGUUAUCUGUUAUAACUGUACAGUAUAAAUUAUUAUAUUGUAGAGAUAUAACGACUUAUGCCUAUAAUGUCCAGAAGUGUUAAUAUUUUUGUAUUAGGUUGAAAAACAAACAAACAAACAAAAAAAAACGUGCAACUUUCUAUCACUAGAUGGAUAGGACUGUGCGAUUCUCCGUGGGUGGCUAAUCAGAGACCUUCUCCUUUCUCUUCCUUCUCUUUUUCAUCAGGCCAGUGUCCUCGACCAUUAUCAGCUAAGAGGCACAGUAGAAAACUAAGGCUGGUGGAAUGUAACAGAAGCCACGAAACACAAACCCAAAAAUACAUAAAACAGGGCAGGAGGCAUUGUCCCUCCCUCCGCCCCUAAAAAGUCUAUGGGGGAGUUGAUACCAUUAACCCCAGGGUUUUCCUGUUACCUUCCUUGAAGCUUCUUUUCAUGAUGGAGGCGCAAGACCCCCAUCAGAUGCUUUGUGAGCAGGAAAGGAACUGAUGUAGUUAGUCAUCACCUUAAACAUGUCUUAAGAUCUCGGCAAGCUAGCAGAAAUCGAGCAGCAGUGAGACACCCAGACAGGGAAGGUCGGGGUCACUCAGCUAGUCUCGAGUUUGGACCCUCAGGUCACAAAGAGGGACAUAAAGGGGAGAUCAAAAGCUCCUGUAAGCCCAGACGACCCAGCCAGCUCAGAGCUGGUUUGAAUGGCAGCCUCCGCUGCGUCUCGGGGAAGCUGGGGGUGGCGGAUCCGCUGGAAGUGAACUGUGAGAGCCGUGCCCUCCUGCCGCCCGCGUGCCAGCACGCCGAGCAUCUGCACUUCCUUGCGGCUCAGCCGCCCUGGCACGUCUCUUUCGUGAGCACUAAAUUCAGCCACAAAAAUAUUUUUAGAAAACCUUUCUCAGUUCAUUGAGCUAUAGUACACACUGUUUUCCUCUAUGUAUAAUGGUGAUAAAACAUAGCAAGUGAACAUGUCGUAAAUAUAAAGGUUCAAGUGAUGUACUGAAAAUUAAUUUUCUAACUGCUUUGUAUGUAUCACGUACUCUAAAUUGCACAGUAGGCGUGUUUAUUAAACAGAUGGGCUGGGAAAGUUUCAAAAUAGCUACUGAAUUUACAGUAUCAGUGCUAUUACUGUCUUUGUGUAUUUGGUAGAGCAUACCGAAGUAAUUAAUCUUCUAAUGAAUGCUGAUAUUUUAUUAGAAUGAAAGCACAGAUUAGCAGUAAUAUUUUUUAUCCUGGAAAUCCUCCGGCGAGUAUUAUGAAGCCCCAGUUUAGACAACUCUUGAGAUUUCAAACCACAUAAACAUGGCUCUGUUUUACAUUUUAUUUUCUAACUGUUAACUUAGGUGUUUGCAGUUCUGUUCCAUUGCAUUUCUGCAGGGCUGUAUUUAGCAUGCUGUAAGUACUUUUGGUUGAAAUAGGCUCUGAGUCUAAAUUCUCAGAAAUAUUUCAGAUGUAUUGACCAUGAAAAAAGCUUGUACCACAUGACAGAAGUGAAAUCAUACCUUACCCUCCUCUUGACAUGGACUGGUCCUUCACACUGGCACCGAUAAAUAACAGAUACGGAGUCUUCUCCUGGUGCUUAUUUUAGGUGAGGUCAAAUCAACCCAAUUAGUGUCUUGUUAGUGGGUAUAAUGAGCCUAUUUCUCUCUAAAAAGACUUGUGAUCUGGACAUGCUUUUACAAGAAAUAGUGACCUUGGGGAAUAUGUAAACAAAAGACCUUUUUCUAAGAGUUGGGAGGGUGGGAAGGGGGCUGUAUAAUGAAAAGAAUUAGCUUACAAAAAAGAAAUUGAUAUUCAAAGUAUUUUAGGCAAAGCCAGUCAAAAUGCUUUCAUGAUAUUUUGAGAUGUAAAUUUUGUCUGAUUUGUAUUGUUCUUUUCAUUUGCCUUCUUAACUUUAUAUGUGACCUGAAUUUUCCAUAACUUGAUGACUAUAGAUUGCAUCUAGGCAUUCCAAUAAAAGCCAACCCAAUGUG